AGGGCAUUGAGUCAAAGGCGGCCAAGACUCUUAUACAUAGAAAGGCCGCAAGAUGGCAAAUUCGAAUCCUCGUGACGCUGCAAUAAUGAAGAUUAAAGCAAAGAUGGAGAAGGCACACCCUCUCUUUACAGAUGAAUGCUGCAUCUAUAGGGUGCCUCAUGAGAUUCGCAAGCUCAACGAAGAUGCAUAUACUCCAAAGGUUGUUUCGAUUGGUCCUUUUCACCAUGGAAACGAAAAAUUGGUAAACAUGGAGGGCCAGAAAACAAUGUAUUUCAAAGAAUUCAUUGAAAGAACCGAGACAAAGAACCUGGAAAGUUUUGUGAGUUGCGUGCAAGAACUGGAGCCAAAGGUUCGUGGUUGCUACUCAGAUGACAUCAAGCUUAGAGAGGAAGAACAUGUUAUGGUAAUAUUGGUGGACUGCUGCUUCAUAUUAGAGAUUUUAAUCAGGUCCUAUUUCCAUCAGCGGUCAAGUCAUGAUGCCUUUUUUCUGUCACCUCGGUUAUCGACCUAUUUGAAAUAUGAUUUGUUGUUGCUUGAGAAUCAAGUCCCUUUCUUUGUUCUUGAGAAGCUUUACAAUCUAGCUUUUCCUUCUACCUCAAAUCCUUCACUGUUAACUCUCACUCGUUCUAUCCUUCCUCAUGUUAUCAUUUCUGGUAAUAGGGGUGGGCUAUCCUUAACCAAUGUUGGUAGAAUAGCUCAUUUCACAGACCUAACAAGAAAGCUUCUGUUAUUAUCUUCUGACUUAUCAAUCUCUAAAUGCUCAAGAGAAGCACAUGUAACACACCUCUAUAGUGCAACUCAGCUGAGGGAAGCAGGAGUGAAGUUUGAGGUAAACAAAGCUAGUAAAUGCUUACUAGACUUGCAACUUUCUGGUCAUACUUUUAGAAUUCCAUUCAUUAGAGUGGAGGACUUUACCGAAGUUGUUUUGAGAAAUUUGUUAGCUUUCGAGCAAUGUCACUGUAUGGACGAAGCCUACCUCACUGACUUCAUCUUUGUCAUUGAUUUUCUUAUCGACACAGACAAAGAUGUGGAUUUGUUGAUUAAGAAAGGAAUAAUUGAGAAUUGGUUAGGUGAUAGCAAUGCAGUGGCUAAAAUGUUCAAUGGUCUUGCCGUGAACAUUUUGACUUCAGAUGUUAAUGAGAAAUAUUGUUGUAUUCUUAAAGGCUUGAAUGAUUUCUGUGAGAAGCCUUGGAACAGAAAAGUAGCAACUUUGAAGCGCGACUACUGCAACACUCCGUGGAGGACGGUAGCUUCCAUUGCUGCCAUUUUUCUGCUUAUUCUCACUGUUGUUCAGACAGUAUUCUCGAUCCUCCAAGUUGUACUCUAGUACUAUAUUAAUGUUUGUGUUGUGUUGUUUGAAUUGAAUU